AUGGCGGAGUCACAUGGAAGACUAGUGACGGUAGUUGAUUUUGCGACCCUCUACACUCAGAGUCAGAGAAGGUCUGGAACUCUCGGAAUCCUAAGAGAUGAACCAGAACAGAGUUCAAAUCUUUUGGAAUCUUCAGUCACUCGAGAGGCUAAUACGGCGGCGGCGCGUGGACAAUCGAUAGGUGGAGGAAGAGGUGGUGGGUUGGGGACCCCGAGAAGCGAGUUCGGCCGUGGAAGAAGAAAUUUGUACGGAUGUACGUCGGCGACAGGUGGACCAAUGGGAAGAGAGAAUACGCCGAUAGGAAGUGCUCGGAGAGGAUCUUCUGUGUUUACCUGCUUGGUACCCGAGGAGGCCUCUAAGGGACGUUACUGCUGUUGUGAGGGCGAUUGAAAGGAGAUGAGCUCGCUUGGGAGCAGCGGAAGGUCUACAGAUGGAAAGUCCAAUGUCUCAGGACCAAAGAGUAGCUGAUUCCCCUGAGCCACUGCUAGGUGCUCAGCUAGAGCACAAUACUUCAGUGCUGAGACAUUGGACGUAUAUAGAGAUUUCUAACUCUGGCUUUCAUCAGGCGAUUGAAAGGAGAGGAGCUCGCUUUGGAGCAGCUGAAGGUCUACAGAUGGAAAGUCCAAUGUCUCAGGACCAAAGAGUAGUUGAUUCCCCUGAGCCACUGUCAGGUGCUCAGCUAGAGCACAAUACUUCAGUGCUGUCACCAAAUCCAACUUUCAAUAAGAAGCAUUGUCCCCCACUCCUCCUAAGAUUUUGCUUCAAAUCAUCGCAAAUCAGGCUGGUGGAGAGUUAGAGUCUCUCACACCUCAGAAGAAACUUUUGAACUCAAUUGUCAAAGUUGAGAAAGUCAUAAUGGAGGAAUUAGGAAAACUGAAGAGGACCCCAAGUGCUAGGAAAGCUGAGAGGGAGAAAAGAGUUGGCACAUUAAUGUCAAUGCGGUGAAAACUGAGAGCAGAACAGUAGAUGCACACAGAAUCCUCCAGAUAAAGAGCAAGUUCAUUGGAGGAAUUGCCUGACCCCACCUCAGCAUCAAUAAUAUCUUGCUUCUCACCAUUUCCAGAUGUCCCUAAAGGACUAGCGAAGUGAUAUGUUUGCUGUUUCUAACAAGUAGUACUACUUCCUCUUCUCCCUCUUCCCAAUGAAGCUCUUUUUUCCUUCUGCAUUUGCAUAUGCAACCUUGUAAAUAGUUUCUUUCUAUGAAAGAUGAA